CCGCUGUGUCCGCGGGGGACGCUGUUCCAUGAACUUUGAUCCAGUCUUGGGAGGGCGUGUUUAAGUCGAAGUCCUCAGUUGUACUCCUCGCGGAGGAAGGACAUGGACUUGAGUCCGACAGAGCUGCUGUGCUCCUGAGCCCCCUGCUGACCCCCCCCCCCCCCUGAGGCCUCUGCAGGGAACACGCCAGCUGGAGAUGGAGGACUUCUGGUCGCUGGCCUUCUGGGCCCUGGAGAUUUGGCUCUACCUCAUCGUGGGCCUCAUCAUGGUCCCGGCCAUGUUUGGCUUCUCUCUGGGCAUCUCCGAGACCUACAUGACCAUCCUAGUGAAAACCUUAGAGUGGGCCACUCUGAAGAUACAGAAAGUACACGCACAGGAGCUGACACUCAAAGCCUCCGGGUCGAAUGGUCUCAUCCAGAGGGAAGAUGGCUCCAUGGAGGAAGAGUUGGAGGAACUGAGGCGCAGCCGCCCCAAACCCCCAGUGGGCGGGGACUUCACCCUCAGCGACUCCUUCUACUUCACCCGUAGAGGAGUUGAGAGCAUCGUAGAGGAUGAGGUGACGCAGCGGUUCAGCUCGGAGGAGCUGGUGCUGUGGAACCUGCUGACUCGCACCAACAACGACUUCCAGUUCAUCAGCGUGCGGCUGACUCUGGUCUACAGCCUGGGCAUCGUCAUCCGAUACUUCAUCCUCGCGCCGCUCAGGAUAACUCUGGCCUGCAUUGGUCUCACCUGGUUGGUCAUUGGAACAUCUGCAGUUGGAUUUCUCCCAAACUGGAGGAUGAAGUUCUGGCUCAGCGAAUGGGUCCACGUGAUGUGCUACAGGAUCUGCGCUCGAGGACUCUCUGCCACCAUCCGCUACCAUAACCGAGAGAACAAACCCCAGAAGGGAGGCAUCUGUGUCGCCAAUCACACCAGCCCCAUCGACAUAGUGAUCCUCUGCAACGACGGCUGCUACGCGAUGGUGGGGCAGGUGCACGGCGGUUUGAUGGGUGUCCUCCAGAGGGCCAUGGUGAGGUCGUGUCCUCACGUCUGGUUCGAGAGAGCAGAGAUGAAAGAUCGCCACCUAGUGACAAAAAGGUUGAAGGAUCAUGUCAACGACAAGACGAAGCUCCCCAUCUUAAUAUUUCCAGAGGGGACCUGUGUCAACAACACCUCAGUCAUGAUGUUCAAAAAGGGAAGCUUUGAAAUCGGCGCGACGAUAUACCCGGUGGCCAUUAAGUAUGACCCAAAGUUCGGAGACGCUUUCUGGAACAGUUCCAAGUAUAGCAUGGUCAGUUACCUGCUGAGGAUGAUGACCAGCUGGGCCCUGGUGUGCAACGUCUGGUACCUACCGGCCAUGCACCAACAGGAGGGGGAAGAUGCUGUCCAGUUUGCAAACAGGGUGAAGUCCGUCAUUGCUCACCAGGGGGGGCUGGUGGAUCUACAGUGGGAUGGAGGCCUGAAGAGAGGGAAGGUGAAGGAGUCGUUCAAAGAGGAGCAGCAGAAGCAGUACAGCAGCAUGGUGGUGGGAGACGACAGCUCCAGUGACUGAGACCGUCACAAAACCCCCAUGUCGCUCCUCCUCGGGUUGUGUUCUUGUCAGCUGGGCCUGAUGCCACCACGUGGACUUUAGAACACACUGUGAAACCUCAGGCGCAGCCAGACGAAGGGGGCAGGGGCAGCCAGUCACAGAAAAAAACACCGAAGUGCAAUAUGGGACGUCACUAGGAGGAGCCGGAGCUGAUGUGACGACGGAAGCCUGUGAUGGACGAGCUGCUCUGGAAAAGCUGUGACGGUCCACUUCACUCAUGGGAUGUGCAUUUUUUUUUUUUUU